GCAGACCUUCUACAUCAACACCAAAUCCAACUGUACCACCAAAUCGUUCUUAAUCGACACACGCACAUCGAGCUCUUGCAACUGCUCAACCUCUUCUGCACCUCAGAACACCACCUCCUGCACUGUCAUCCCGCUAACGACUUCGUCUUCGUCGACUCCAUGCUCAACCACGUCUUCGUCGUCGACUCCUUGCUCUACGACUUCGUCGACAUCUUCAAGCCCCUGCCCUGUCUUUAUGAACUCGACAUCUUCGUCAACAACAUUGUCAACUCCCUGUUCGUCGACUUCUUCAUCUUCUUCAACUCCCUGUUCGACAAGUUCUUCAUCUUUGUCCACUCCUUGUUCAACGAGUCCCUUGACUUCAUCUACACCAUGUUCCACGACCUCCUCAUCUCUGUCAACUCCUUGCUCGACUUCUCAAUCUUCGCCCAUCCUAACUUGGACGACUUUGACAGCAGUCACCAGUUCCACGGUCGUGGUAGGCUGUCCAAGCACUCUGUCCUCUGCCACUUGUGGCAAGAGCGACCAGACUACUGCUACAUAUUCGUUCAGCACCGUAGUGGCUACACGAGUACAGAUAGUGACUAUCUCGUGUGCUUCUUGCAGUGGUGGCAGCACCAGUACCUGGUACCCCGUUACAUCUACUAG